AUGGCCGUCACAGCCACUGCAACAGACAAAACAAGGUCCGACAUCAUUGGUGUGCUACGUCUUAAAGACUUUGUUGAUAUUCAUCAGAGUCCCAAUAAAGAUAACUUGGCAUUCCAUGUCAUUCAUAUGGAUACAACCCACUCAGUUCUAGAUUAUUUUCAGUGGGUUUUGAGAGAUGUGAAAGAAAACAAAAAAGACAGGACAAUAAUAUAUUGUCAGACUAUAAAGCAAUGCGCUAAUUUGUACAGUCUCUUUUUGAAAGAGCUUGAUUUGAACAAAGAAAACCACGAAGGACGAAAAGUAGAGAUGCUACAUGCCCUGUCGACCAAAUCUGUGAAAGAGAAUAUAUUGAAAGCCAUGGCUAAUGAAGAUGGCUGCAUCAAGGUUUUAAUUUGUACCAUUGCAUUUGGAAUGGGGGUGAACUGCAAAGGAGUCAACAACAUUAUCCACUUUGGACCCUCAAAGACAGUUGAAGCAUACAUUCAGGAAAGUGGACGUGCAGGGAGAGAUGGAAGGCCCAGUAACUGUAUAAUUCUGUACAAAGCACUUAUGCUAUUACACGUUGAAAAAGAAAUGAGGGACUAUGUGCGAGGAAAGUGCGACUGUAGGCGCCAGUAUUUGAUGAGUUCCUUUGAAAUCACAACAAAUUCAUGCCAAGGUCAAUCGAAAUGUGACAAAUGCAGUGGAAGCACUGAAUUCAGUCCUAGUAUUGAACAGAAGAUAACAGAUGAUACCCCCAAACGCCAGAUUCAACCAGCUCAACUAUCACAGUUGAAAAAAAAACUUAUCAUUUUCAGGAAAAACAUGUACUGUGAACUAAUCAAGCAAAGUCCAACUGGGCAGUUGCCUGUUAUUACAAUUCCAGAUCUGCUUCUUGGUUUCUCUAACAAUCAAAUUGACCAAAUUAUUGAACAUUGUGACAAAAUAUUUGAUUUACCUGAUCUGUACAAAUAUGUUGAAAUUUGGAAAAGAAGGCAUGCAAUAACAAUAUUGAAGAUCAUCAGAGAAGUAUUUGAUGAAGAAAGACAGGAUGAUGGUGACGAAGAUGAAUUAUCUGAUGAUGACUUAGAAUUUGAUGAUGAUGUUGAUGACAAAGACAUGUGGGAAAUCGUCAUUCCAAAUGAAGAACUAAUGGAGUUAGACUGGGACGAAUUGUCUUAUAGUGGGCUUUUCCCAGAAGACAUGAGCAUCUUGGAAUAUUCUGCUGAACAGAUACCUGAUAUCCCAGAUGCUGUUGCAGGCAUGAUUGACAAUAUUCAAAUGGACUGA